CAUUUUCUGGGAAGGUAGACGAUUGUGAUAUAUGAUUUGUGGAGUACCGAAUGGUUGUUAAACUCCAUCACUGAAUCACCAGCAACCACCUUCGCUUCGAGGUGGAUCGGUGGUGUCGGCAUGUUGUAAAAUCUUUUCCUUUCCCGGAAAUUCCACAUUAAUUGAGUGGCGCCCUUUGCAGUUCUCCAGGUUUUUCUCGUGGAAAAAAAAUCUGGCCACUGUUGGAAAUUUCGAUGGGUUUUUAAUUCUUCUGAGCAGCUCUGAAGCUGUUGUCUCUCUUGAUUCUUGAGCUUCACUCCAGUGGUUAAUUUCUUUUCUCUAUUAUCCGCGGUAUCUCGUCUCGAAGUUUGUAAUUUCUGUUACUGCGAAGAGAGAUAUUUUAAGGCGCUCUUUUUGUUGCUUUUCCGAGUAAUUUAGCAUUUCAAAGCGGAUUUCCAACGAGCGUUACGAAACCCUGCUUCGAAACACCUUAAGAAGAAUCAGAUGUGUACAGAUUUCAGCUUUCGAGGAAUAAAAACCUUUUUGAGUUUCUAGCUCGAGGCUGGAUUUGCUCAGGAAAAUUCCAUCUCCUGGCGAAAAGGAGUAAGAUGCUGGAGAGAUUUGGAAUCACACAUGUCGCUUGUUUUCGGUGUUAAUAGUUCUAAGAAACUAAGAACGAUGCCGAUGAAAGGGAAGCAUGUCGUCUUUCGUCAGAAAGGUUCUCGUGAAGGUUCGAAUAGUUAAAUGACAUAUUUGUCCUCGGUAAUUUUCAAAAUGGCACAAUGCCCACUUUGCCUCCGUUUUAUAAUAGCGAUUUUUGUCUUCGUUUCUCUCUUCCCGCCGUCCAAGGCCAUAACGGUUGAAACAGAAGCCCUCCUCCAGUUCAAAAAGCAGUUGAAAGAUCCCCUCGGCUAUUUGGAGAGCUGGAGAGAUUCUGAAUCUCCCUGUGAUUUCACCGGAAUCUUUUGCGAUCCCGAUUCUGGUCAGGUUAUAAAUGUCACCCUUGAAAAUAAAUCCCUCUCGGGAGAGAUAUCUCCUUCCAUCUCUAAGCUCGAGAGUCUGAGUACCCUCAAUCUCGCGUCGAAUUCAAUUUCUGGGAAACUUCCUUCUGAGAUAACCAGUUGCAGAAAUCUCAGACUUCUCAAUCUUAGCGGUAAUGAACUCACAGGAACCCUGCCUGAUUUGUCUGAAUUACAGAGCUUGGAGGCUCUUGACGUGGAAGAUAAUUACUUUUCUGGUGGGUUUCCGAGUUGGGUGGGGAAUUUAACGGGCUUGACUUGGCUUUCUCUUGGCCAGAAUGACUUUGAUGAGAGUGAAAUUCCCAGAAGUCUUGGGAAUUUGAAGAACUUGACAUUUCUUUAUUUGGCUGGGUCUAAUUUGAUAGGGGAGAUCCCAGAAUCCAUUUUAGAAUUGACAGCUCUUGAAACAUUGGAUUUUUCAACCAACAAUCUCACUGGAGAGUUUCCAAAAGCAAUAUCAAAUUUGCUGAACCUCAAAAAGAUUGAGCUCUACUCAAACAAUCUCACUGGUGAGAUCCCUCCAGAUCUUACAAAGCUCACCCUUUUGCGUGAAUUUGACAUCUCCAUGAACCAUAUGUCUGGAACAUUGCCUCCUGAGAUUGGCACCCUGAAAAAUUUGGCGAUUUUUCAGCUUUAUGAAAACAACUUUUCAGGAGAACUUCCACAAGGGUUUGGAGACAUGCAACAUUUGGAGUCCUUUUCUAUUUACAGGAACAGAUUUUCAGGAGAAUUUCCAGCAAAUUUUGGUCGAUUCUCUCCACUCACCAGUAUUGAUAUAUCUGAGAAUAAGUUUUCUGGUGGGUUUCCCAGAUUCUUAUGUCAAAAUAAAAGCUUGAGGUUCUUACUUGCUUUGGAUAAUGACUUCUCUGGGUACUUCCCAGAAACAUAUGCUGAAUGCAAGUCACUGCUGAGGUUAAGGAUCAACAAGAACCGCUUAUCUGGGCCAAUUUCUAAUGGGACUUGGGGAUUACCCAAUGCAAAUAUCAUAGAUUUUGGAGAUAAUGGCUUUAGUGGAGGAAUAUCUUUAGAUAUUGGGAUUUCCACUAGCUUAACUGAAUUGUGGUUAAGGAACAAUAAAUUUUCAGGUCUGCUCCCACCAGAACUUGGUAAGCUUACUCAGUUAGGGAAGUUCUCUGCAAAUAAUAAUACAUUCUCUGGGUCAAUACCUUCCCAAAUUGGAGAUUUAAAGCAACUGUCAUCACUGCAUUUAGAGGAGAACUUGUUGACAGGAUCAAUACCAAUAGAAUUGGGUAAGUGUACCAGAUUGGUGGACUUGAAUCUUGCCAGGAAUUCUCUUAAUGGUGAUAUCCCUGAAGUACUUUCCCAGUUAAACUCUUUGAAUUCUCUGAAUCUUUCACAAAACAAGCUUUCAGGUGUAAUCCCAGAAAAUCUACAGAAGUUGAAGCUAAGUGCCAUUGAUUUUUCUGAAAACCAGUUAUAUGGUAAGGUUCCUUCUGACCUUUUGGUGAUGGGUGGAAAUGAGGCAUUUCUGGGCAAUAUGGGGCUUUGUGCUGAUGAAAGAAUCAGGAAUCAGAUAAAUUCCCAAAUGGCUGUUUGCAUUAUAAGCCAUGACCACAAAAAUCUUUUUGAAAAUAAAUUGGCUUUGAUAUUCAUAGUAGUAUCAGCCAUGGUUAUUUUCAUAGGUGGUUUAUUGUUUGUGAGUUACAGAAAUUUCAAGCUUAACCAAUCUUACAAGGAAGAGGAUCUUGAAGAGGGUCAGGAAAAAGAUCCAAAUUGGAAAAUUGAGUCUUAUCACCAAGCAGAAUUUGAUGCAGAAGAAAUAUGCAACUUGGAUGAGGAUAAUUUAAUUGGAAGUGGAAGUACAGGAAAAGUUUAUCGAGUGGAUUUGAAGACCAGUGGGGGAUCUGUGGCUGUGAAGCAACUAUGGAAGGGAAAAGAAAUGAAAAUGUUGACAGCAGAAAUGGAGAUUCUGGGGAAGAUCAGACAUAGAAAUAUACUGAAGCUCUUUGCUUGCUUGAUGAGAGGGGGCUUGAACUUUUUGGUUUUUGAGUACAUGGAAAAUGGAAAUUUGUUUCAAGCUCUUCAGCGGCAAUUCAAAGGUGGACAUCCAGAAUUAAAUUGGCUGCAACGGUACAAAAUUGCUGUUGGAGCUGCAAAGGGGAUUGCAUAUCUUCACCAUGAUUGUUCACCGGCUAUUAUUCAUAGGGAUAUAAAGUCUACAAACAUUUUACUUGAUGAGGAUUAUGAACCAAAGAUUGCUGAUUUUGGAAUUGCCAAGACUGUAGCAGCGUCUCCUAAUGAUUCUAGUUGUUUUGCUGGCACUCAUGGUUACAUUGCUCCUGAAUUUGCUUAUUCUCUCAAAGUGACUGAAAAGAGUGAUAUAUACAGUUUUGGUGUGGUCCUGCUAGAAUUAGUAACUGGUAGACGUCCAAUUGAACUUGAGUAUGGAGAAGGAAAAGACAUUGUUUAUUGGGUUUCUACUCAUCUUGAUUCUCGGGAUGAUGUCAUUAAAAUACUUGAUCAUAAGGUGUCAAACUCUGUUGAAGAUGACAUGAUCAAGGUACUGAGGAUUGCUAUUCUCUGCACUAAAAAGCUUCCUUCUCUGCGUCCUACAAUGAGAGAUGUAGUGAAGAUGCUCAUUGAUGCUGAUCCUUGCAAUUUCAGUCCAGCAUACAAAAGUCCAGAGAAAUAAUGAUACAUUUGUGUAGUUCUUUGACUCUCUUUGUGAUUAAAAUUUUAAUGUUUUUGUUUUGUCCAAUGGAGGAUGCCUUGUUGAUUAAAUUCACCAAGGCGUUUCUAUUCAGAACAUAUGACUAGGAAUUUAGUGAAGUAUUUCUGUGACUAUACUAAUUAGUGUGACAUUUCAUUAUCUAUAAAAAUAUGCUGCAUAUGAUAUCUGUCUACCUAGACUGAGCAAAUCAUGCUUCUAUA